AUGGCGGCGACGGGGCGGGUGACAACGGCGGCGAGCGGCGGGCCGGGGCUCCGCGACCACCUGCCCCACGUGCACGCGGCCACGCGCCGCUACGGCCACAGCGCCCGGCUCACCUACAGGACCGUGUGCGGCGUCAACGGGCCCCUCGUGGUGCUGGACAACGUCAAGUUCGCCCAGUACGCCGAGAUCGUGAACUUCACGCUGCCCGACGGCAGCGGCCGCAGCGGGCAGGUGCUGGAGGUGCUGGGCUCCAAGGCCAUCGUGCAGGUCUUCGAGGGCACGUCGGGCAUCGAUGCCAAGCAGACCACCUGUGAGUUUACCGGCGACAUCCUCCGGACACCCGUGUCCGAAGACAUGCUCGGCCGGGUGUUCAACGGCUCGGCGAAGCCCAUCGACAGCGGCCCUGCCGUGAUGGCCGAGGACUUCCUGGACAUCAACGGGCAGCCCAUCAACCCACACGGGCGCAUCUACCCUGAGGAGAUGAUCCAGACGGGCAUCUCGCCCAUCGACGUGAUGAACAGUAUCGCCCGCGGCCAGAAGAUCCCCAUCUUCUCGGCCGCCGGCCUCCCGCACAACGAGAUCGCCGCCCAGAUCUGCCGCCAGGCCGGCCUCGUCAAGAAGUCCAAGGACGUCAUGGACUACCACGAGGACAACUUCGCCAUUGUCUUUGCCGCCAUGGGGGUGAACAUGGAGACCGCCCGCUUCUUCAAGGCUGACUUCGAGGAGAACGGCUCCAUGGAGAACGUGUGCCUCUUCCUGAACCUGGCCAACGACCCCACGAUUGAGCGCAUCAUCACGCCACGCCUGGCGCUCACCACGGCCGAGUUCCUGGCGUACCAGUGCGAGAAGCACGUGCUGGUCAUCCUCACCGACAUGAGCUCGUACGCCGAGGCGCUGCGCGAGGUGUCGGCGGCGCGCGAGGAGGUGCCCGGGCGCCGCGGCUUCCCCGGCUACAUGUACACGGACCUGGCCACCAUCUACGAGCGGGCCGGGCGCGUGGAGGGCAGGAACGGCUCCAUCACGCAGAUCCCCAUCCUCACCAUGCCCAACGACGACAUCACCCACCCCAUCCCCGACCUCACCGGCUUCAUCACGGAGGGGCAGAUCUACGUGGACCGGCAGCUCCACAACAGACAGAUCUACCCCCCCAUCAACGUGCUGCCCUCCCUGUCCCGCCUCAUGAAGUCGGCCAUCGGCGAGGGCAUGACCAGGAAGGACCACGGCGACGUCUCCAACCAGCUGUACGCCUGCUACGCCAUCGGCAAGGACGUGCAGGCCAUGAAGGCGGUGGUGGGCGAGGAGGCGCUCUCGCCCGACGACCUGCUCUACCUGGAGUUCCUGCACAAGUUCGAGCGGCAGUUCAUCGCGCAGGGUCCCUACGAGAAGCGCUCCAUCUUCGAGUCGCUCGACCUGGGCUGGCAGCUGCUGCGCAUCUUCCCGCGGCAGCUGCUCAAGCGCAUCCCGGAGAGCGUCCUGGCCGAGUUCUACCCGCGCGAGCCCCGCGCGCCCGCCGCCGUCGCGCCGCCCGCCGCCGACACCGCGCUCUGA